UCUUGGUCAACCACAUCGUGUGGGGUCCAAUGGAAUCUCAUCCCCUCAAAUGCUGCUUAUUCAAAAUCGUUGUUGACUAUUUUCUAGGGCUUUCCUUGCACUAUGGCUCGACCACUGGGAGAAAGCCAUAAAAGGUUCAUGCAAACCAUGAUGGUCAAUGGGAUCAUUGAUGGUGCCAAGGCAAGGGCUCUCCAUCAGCAUUGCUGUGAGACACACGGUGGUAAGAACAGCAUAGCUGCAUACUUCAAACUACUGUUUAAUCUUUGUCAGCAAAGUGUCUGUAUGGUAAAACCUUAAACUCAAAGGUCUGGUUUUCCAGACACAAUAGAGAUUCUUUAUUGAAAGUGCCUUUCAGUCCAGCACUAGGCUUACUCUACGUCUGAAAAACUGGCCCAAAAUGUAUUUGUUGAGGGCCACCCGCUCACAUUUACUUCUUUUAAUACAGCACACUAUGCUCAUGAUAAACUGGAUGAAUUCGAGGUGAUCAAUGCCCAGCUGCAGCCUAUGUUCAUGCAGAUCUGAAAAGGGAUGUCUGAGGAGGAUGGUCUUCAGUUCCAUGCUUUGGUCAGUGACACUAAUCAAGUUCAUUCACAAAGCUCUUUUAGGACUACUGGAACCAUCAUGAACUGCUCUUAUUUUUCCUGUUGACAUCUACUCCUGUCCAGGUGAACAUGGCUGAAACUGAUGUGACCAGGAUGUCAACUGAUUAUGCAGACAACGAGUUGGAAUUAUUCAGAAAAACUGUGAGUAUGCUGUUUUCACUAAAUGGUAAAUGACUGACAAUAAGACUUAAGAAUUAAAUAACAUUUGAAAAUCUCAGUAAUAACUGGCAUAUUCUUUUAGAUGGUUGUGGACUCUGACAAUGGAACCGCCUCUUCCACGGACAUUCUCAACUGUGCCGACAGCCUCCAGACGAAGAAGCUAAAGAAAAGAGAAACAGAAGAUGUACUUAACAGGCUUGUUCAGGAGAAGUGGCUGAAUGAGGUGCAGUCUCUGAAGACACAUUCUAUGCAUGCAGUUAUUACUACUUGUGCGCACUCACUUUCUUGUGUCACUGAUCGACUUGCAAUCUGUGUUCUUCUUUUCUUCAGAAAAAUGGUGACUACUCGCUCUCCACUCGAUGUAUAAUGGAGAUGGAGCCAUACAUUCGGAUGUUGUACCAAGAUCAGGUCAAGGUCUGCCAUAUCUGUCACAAUGUGGCCUUGCAGGUAAAGUGAUACAACUUCAAUUUAAAUGACAGUAAAUGAGUUGCAUCUAAUAUAUUCUUCCUGUUAGCUAAAUCAGACCCGUGUCGAAUCUAAAUUGAAAUUGGUGUAACAUCUGCUUUUUGCUAGAUUCCCAAACUCACUUUCCUCAAUCCUCUGCUCUCUUUUCAAACUUGCUAGAAGGUAGACAUAAAUGUUUAAUGUUGCAUGUACAAUGUUUUGUUGGAUAUGCUUCUCAUGACAUUUUCAUGAAUGGUGUAGUUGCUACUCAAAAUAUGUUGACUGAAUUUAAAAUGGGAUUGACACCACUGAUAUAGCCUGGCUUUUAUAGGCAACCAUUUGGUUUCAUGCUUCAGUUUUAUAAUAAUCUGGUAUAUUUACCUCUCAGUGCCAGAUGUGUGAAAAUCCUACAUGUGGCAUCAAAAUCCACACCCCUUGUGUCGCCAGAUACUUCAAAGGAAGGACUAAUCCACGAUGCCCUGCCUGUGAGGACUUCUGGCCACAUGAGAUCCCAGGUAAUAAUGUUACACUGCUCAAAGAAUUGCAACACAAGUGGUACCAUGAUAGUCUGUCUAUACAAUUUAUCAUAGUUUGUAUAAAGGUCUGUGUAUACAUAUCACGUUCAUCUGUUUUGACUCAGACGAAACAAAUAUUUACCUACCUUAUCUAGUCAUUCAUGUUUUAAUUUUCCACUUCUCUUCCCUAUAGAGCCUCCGUCCUCUCAGAGCGAGAGUCAGUCAGCAGCCAAAGAGAACACGGACCCCACCCCCACUCCUCGGUCUACAGCUCAGACCCGGAGGACCAGGAGGUCAUAAUCUCACGGAUACAUGUAUAGUUGUCAGAACUUUCAGUACAAUGUUUUGCCUUCAUUAAAAUGUACAGUUAACGCAAUGUAAUAUUUUUCAUAAUUGUAUAUCAAAUGUUAGUUAGAUUAUUUCUGGAGAACAUCUUUCAUUGAAUCGGCAGUGGUCUCCCAUGAGCUCCACUCUUAACUUGAUUAUCUUAAUUUUAUUAAGUUCCUUUCUAGGGGAGCAAUUUUGGGAAAUGUGGCAACUACUUCAAUCAUUCUUUCAGGCAGUUUAAAUGGAAAGCUGUGUUUACAUAAUUUGUACCUGUGGUUCAUUAGGUUGUUAAAUUAGAAUAGUACUGCCUUAUUUGAAUA